GCCCCGAGGGCUCCCCGAAUUCUCUGGCUGGGCCCCUGCACCUUACGGAGCCUCCUCCCUCCUCUUCCAUCCUGCAAGCUCGGCUGCCCUGUCAUCUGGCUUCCGGCCCCGCACAUCCCCCUUCCGAGUCCUGUCCUGGGACCCACCUCGUCCUGACUGCAGGCUGCACACUUGUCUUUCUGCCAGCCCCCCUCUCCUCUCACCGCCCUCCUGCGCUCUUCCGUGUCACAUCCCCAGCUUCCCUUUCUCUUCCUUUUUUUCUCUCAGGGGCCUUUUUGGUCUUUCUCCACCCACGCUUAAAGCAGCCACCCUCCUGCUCCUCGAAUAGCACCCCACGAUUUGUCACAGAUCUUUGUCCACCCCUUCUUCCAUCUCCCUAGUCUGGCUUCCCCUCUGCCCUCACCGGUUCUCCCAGUCCCCGGUUCUCUCCCUCAGGGUCCUUGCCCCGGAGUGUGUUCUGAUUCCUAUCCCCUUUCAGUUCCCCAGCUUUUUCUACCCUGCUUCUUCCUUCUCCAAACUGUGCACUCCCUCUUGCUUGCAACCCACCAGCUCCACCCUCAUCACCUUUCCAAGUCGUUCGCCUACUCUUUGCUCAUCACUUUCCCUUCUUUUCUCCUGGAGCGCUCUGUUUCCUGGCGCUGGCAUUUGUUGCUUCCGUGUUUCCCAUACGGCUGCCAUGCGCAUAGAUUUCCCACAGGUUGUCAUCGGCGUUCCAGUUAUCACUCUCUUGUGAGUCUUUAGAUCCCUCGUGUAACCCUCCCUGAGGUCUGACGUUUCUGCCCCUCUGCCUCCUCUUCCUCACUGGCAGUGUUUUACCAGCCUUCUCCCGGGGCUCUUCCUACUGGCGGAAAGGCACUUGCUAUUUCAGUCCCACUGUAUUAACACAACCUGUUGCUCAGUCCUUUCCGUCCCUCGCUGCAUCACUGGCCUUGCCUUGCGUUGUCAUAAACAGCAACGCAAACCAUGAUGCCUUCCUGUCUCGUCCCUCCUGUUUCUGUCCCUUUUCAUAGUAUCUUACCCUUUGCUUGUGGCUUUCCUGUUUCACUAGUCACUGCAUCUUCCUUAUUAUGCCUCUUAAUCAGUAUCGCUUUUCAUCUCCAUGUCAGUCUCUUGCCUUUUUCACAUGGUAUUUAUUUUACCCACAUGUGCCUCUCUGCAUCCCCUUCCUAUUGGCUAAUCUUUGUAACUCCCAGUCCAGGAACUUUGCAUGCUAGUUUCUUGAGCAUGCAAGGACCCCUCAGCCUCAGGACCCCACAGGCUUCCCCUCCUGCUGGCAAUCACUGCAGUAGAUUGUCACCCAAGCCUUAGCCUUUUCUGUGUCAUCACACCUCUGAGCUGAGCGGCGUCCACUUUCCACCCCUCCCCUUUCUUUCACCAUCUCCGGUUGCCCUUGCUGACUCCUCUGUGGAGUCCCCUGCCUGUCACACCCUUCUUGGUGGAGAACUUUUACUAGGCCAAAAACUUGACUAGGGAAAGGAGCUCUGCUCCCUGGGGGCUGCAGUGCUUUUUGCAUCCUUUCCACUCAUCAGCUUCUUAAUGGUUCCCUCUUCUCUUCUUUUUUCAUAUCCUGAUAGAACCACUGUUAUGUUCUCUUGCCUGUUAACAUCUUCCAUGGUUUUCAUGCUUUUCCUAUUUUGUUACCUACCCCCUCACUCUUGUCAACUGGGUAGUUAAGAACUCAAGAGGAGUUCUGGAGUUACAGAGAGGAUUUUUUCCUGCAGUGGUUGACGCUUUUAUUACUGAUGGAUUGGUUGCUUUUGGGGGUGAAAUAGGGGCUGAGAAGGAGGGAUGGUCGGUUUCUAUUUCCUCACUGGGUUUGGCAACAUGGGACUGAGGGCUUUGGAAACAGAGGGACAUGGUUCAGAUCUCACAGUUUUUCAACCUUCCCCUGCCUGCCAGCCGUUUCUCUCUGCCUCCUGGGAACUAUUCUCUCUAGGCCCUCUCUCACAACUUUGUUUUAGCAGGUUGUCUCUGCUUAACCAGAGAACUUUCCCAGACUGUUGAUUAUGAGUUGGUAGGAGGCGGCCAAGUGACUGACUGGACUGGCACCCUCAGGCGUGUGGGGAGUGGAGAUGGAGUGCCUCCUCUCUCCACAAGGCUGUGGGGCAUUGUGUUCAGCAAAGGAGAGUAGCAGACUGCCGCAAUGUGGUUUCUUUGUGCUGCAUACUAAAUGUAAAUGUCGUUGCCAGUAUUCUUUAAAACAAGAAAAAACAUUAGCAGCAGCUCUUCUAGACACAAGGCCAGGGCUGCCAGAAGCAUUGGCUUCCCCUGGAAUAGAUCAUGCCACCAGGUAAGAGCAAGAAACCUCUUGGUGCUGUUGCGAUUUUAGUUAAAAUUGUCAUGGAAACUCAGUCUUGUGGUAAGAAGGCUUCCUGUCUCUCCUCGGCCUUAAUGUUAUGAAAUAAAAAGAAAGGGAUUUGGUUGGGCUGAUUCCUUACCCCAAAGGUCCUCCAUCGCCUCAUUUAGAUUUAAACUACUUAGACUGGUUUCACCAGAAAUAGGUAAACACACUCCACCAGUUGUCUUCAAACUCUGGUCUCUUUUCCUGCUCUUCCUUUCCCGCUUUCUUUUAAAAAUGUGGCUGAGGAGAAGCUCUUUCCAGGAGCUCUUUGAUCACAUCUGAAUUAAACACACACACACAAAGAAAAUGUUAAACCAUAAAAAUACACCUUGUGUUUCAGGGAGAUUGGCUGUUUGCUGUUGACUCUGCUGCUAACAGUGAAAGUAUAAGAUAAAAGAAAGUCAAGGCCUGUCUUUAAGAUAUUUUUUUUGACAUCUGAUUCCAGAUAUGCUUUUUCAUAGCUACAGACUCUUCUUCCUUUUGCAGAAGGGGUGUUCUGACCUGGGGCUGGUAGUUAAGGGGAUUCUUGGUCUUUGAGCUGAGCUUUCUGUUUGCUUCUUUUCCAAAUGGCUCCACUGGACUGGAAGCUUGGCAGUCGUGAAAGCAAUCGGCAAGAUGACUGUCCGUCUUCCAGCCAGCAGCAGCAAUAGCAGGCAAGUGUGGAGAGGGGCCCGACUUCAAGAGUUUACCUGCUGCUGGCUAGAGUCUGUGUGACACCUGGGAGAGGGAUUGCAAUGGCUUCAGACCCGCCCACCUCUGGGCCUCAGAAACCACAAGAGAAGAGAGGGCUCCUGGAGAAAGCUGGCCUGUCAACUACCCACCCUGCUUCUGUCACAAGGGGCGAGGGAGAAGGUUGCUACCCUUCUUCUAGAGAGUAGGUGGUAUUGUUUAUUCUCUCAGCUAGUUUGAGGUAGAGGAAUUUGGAAGUCUUGGCAAAAAGAGCAAAGCUAACUUACAGGAUUCUGAAGUGAACCAUUGAGCACCUCCAAACACACAUAUCUCUUGGACCUUAGUGAUUUCAGUGGAAGUUCCAUGCUGAAAUUGAGUUGUUUCUGGCUAAAUGUUACACUGAAUAAUUUGUUUUUGCUGUUUUCUGGGUAGAUUGACUUGGUUAGCUACCAUUUCACUUCUUACAGUGUGAGCUCUGCAGCGCUGUGCUCUGGGUGCUGUUUCCAGCCCUUGACUCUAGCCAGGGGCACCUUGGUGGUGCUGCCUUCUGGUCAGGGGUGUGGUUGAAUGUCAGGCCACAUGUUCUCACUUUCUGCUUGGCCUUAGAGAUUAGGAAUGAGGGCCCUGGUGGUGCAGUGGUUAAGAGCCAUGGCAUGUUACUGCUGCGAACCGAAAAAAAAGGUUGGCAGUUCAAAUCUACCCGCUGUUCCUUGGAAACCUAUAGAGCAAUUCUACUCUGUGCUAUAGGGUCACUGUGAGUCGGAAUCAACUGGAUGCAACGGGUUUUUUGUUGUUGUUAGAGCAGGGCUUUAGGAGUCCCUGGAGUUCAUGGGAAGGAGCCCUGGUAGAACAAUGGUUAACCACUCAGCUGCUAACUGUAAGGUUGGCAGUUUGAACCCACCAGCCAUUCCAUGGGACAAAGAUGUGGCAGGCUGCUUCUGUAAAAAUUGUAGCCUUGGAAACCCUAUGGAGCAGUUCAACUCUGUCUUAUAGAGUUGUUAGGAGUUGGAUUCGACUUGAUGGAAACAGGUUUGGCAUUUUGGGGGGUUUAAAGUUCGUAGAGUUGCCGUAUCAUAACCUUUGAACCCAGUGAAAGUAACUGGAGAAAUACCUAGUAAAUUGUAAUAAUUUCUCACCAAUCUGUGGAUUUGGGAAGUAGCUAAAACCGAUAGAUGCAAAGCAGUUGAAACUUUACCUGCUUCAGGUUCAAAUCAAGCUUAGAUGGGGAUAGCUGAAUCUUUCCAGUUGUAACUAAAGAUUGGCUGGAGACUUUUUUUCAGCACAAAUGCUUUAAGCAGAGUUGAUGCCAAGAAGGUAGGAAAAGAUUGAGAAUUUGUUUGUUGAAGAGGUUGGCAUUGUUAGAUCUCUUGGGGGUCAAAAAGUUCUCAGACUAGACUUUCCUCUUUGGACAGAACAACCCAAUUCUCAGUGAGCGUUUGACUUGAACUAACUCAUGCCAUCGUGAACUCUUUAUCAUUGAGCACUUAGGCACCUGGUUGGCAUUUCUCUUCUCCCAGGGGCUUCUAUGAGGUUCCUACAUAUGUAUUAUGUCGACUUGAAUGAAUAUUUUAUGCCUAGAGUGCAGCUAAGCCUCCGACUUUGUGGCUCAUUAUCAACAUACAGGGUGGGGGCCGGGCGCCACCUUUGGCCCCGUGAUAACAGCUCUGCUAAAUGGACUCCCCCGAAGAGCACUUUGAAGCCCAUUAAUGGAUUGGAAUGAAGUAACCUCAGCAGAUGGAAAGGGUGAGGAGGAGGAGGGGGAGGUCUGCUCUUCCUUCCCUGAGACCUCCUGAUGAGCUUUCUUGUGGUAACCAGGACCAGCCCCGGCUCCCUCUGCUUGGUUAAGUUGUAGACUGUGGCUACGAGACCUCUGCUCAGGGCGAAGGUAUGGAAAGGGUUUGAUUCUGUUUUAGCUGUGAUGGUGCUGCCAGGUUGCUGCUUUCCCAUCAAAGCAAAAGUUAAGAGGGCUAUAGGAAGGGCAGGUGGAGUUUAAACCUGGGUCUUCCUCCUUCAUCUGAAGUUCAGCAAAAUGACAGGCCAGAUCAAUGGCUGAGUUUUCUUCCCUUGAUGGGAGAUUCCAGUAUUUGUGCAUUUUGCACUUAAAGCUUAGAUUCUCCAGGCUUUCUCCAAGCUUUCAUCAAACAUGGGUGAGUCACUGAAGUCUUAUCUAUGUAUUUUCCUCUUCUGUCUCAGCACAGGGAAGAGUAAGCCUUUUCAAACCUUGUGGGGGAGGAAAUCACCCAUUUCCCACUUCUGGCAUGGGAAGAUGCAAUGUCUGUCCCCAUGUUAACUCAGAAAGCUCUAAAUCUUGGAGCAGAAUGUCACUACCCCACUACAGCCUUUUUGGAGUAGGCCACUGACUGUCAUUACUCAUCUUUCAGACAUGGAGAUGGUACAUCUGAUUCUGGAACAACACCAAGGGAGAAUCUGGACUCUUGGUUUCCAGCUAUCUGUCAGAGGAGACAAGAUCUAAGGAGCCUUAACUCCCAGAUCCUUCUCUUGCCACUAGACCACCUUCUCCUUUUGGGCUAGAUCCCUUUAUCUGAACGACUGUUUUUGUUUCUUGGUCUCUAUGGGAGUUCUCUCCACAGAUGUCUGUCUGUGGGUUGGCACUCAUUUCCCCCUAAACCCAGCAACCCAGUGCCGUCGAGUUGGCAUUUCCCACUACUUGCAGUUUAUUCCUUAGAUUCACAUUGGCCAGUGAGCAUAAAGGGGCAAAAAUAAAUGUUAUUUCCUUUUUGGGCGCCAAAUGAUUUUUAGACUUAUAAAGCCAUAUCCUCACCAGGUUUGGUAGGAGAGAGGGUGAGAGGGACCCUGAUAUUGGUGGCUAGGUGAAUCCCAUGGGACAAUGGGGGUGAAAGAGAGGAGGGGCGUGUCCAAUGACUGGCUUCAAGCCACCUUUUUGGCCUUUUACUUUUUAACAAAAGGAAGGCGGAGCAGACCAGUGGCUUCUCUUUAGAACCAGUCAAGCUGGUUUUGAGCUGCUGUGGCCUAUUUUCCUCAGUGCUCUUUGGGAAGUUGGCAAUACAAAGAUCUGCCUCCUCUGGGAUUGUGCUCAUUGAGGCAUGAGCUUGGAAUAGGUCUAUAAACAGCCCCCGCCCCCCAAAUCCUGAAUGAGUCUCUCCACAGAGUGGUCUUCCUACAUCCCACACCAAACCUCAAAGCAACUUUGUCUGUUUGCAUACUGUUCAGCUGAAGCUCUAAAACACCUCUUUUUCUUGAGCCCCCUCCCCAGUUCACACCCUGGCCAGGAGAAGGGGCUAAGCCUACAGGGGGCUCCCCAUUUGUGGGUCUGGAAGGGAAAAGGGGCUUAUGACACCUGGCUGCUAAAUUGAGCAAGCCCCCAGGCCUUUUGGUUCAGUGCAGUGGGGCAGUCUCUGAAGGCCUGGGGGAAGGAGCAGAGAAUAGUGUUUGGUCCCUGGCACCUGGCAGGUGCUCCUCUGUGGAACAGUUUGAGUUUGUCCCUGAUUGAUAAACCUGAGAAAAGGUGGGGCCCAUGAGUUAGUUCCUUGAACAGCAGUGGGCCUGUUGCUCAGGCAGUAGGUCGUGGCAGGAUUCUGAGACUCCUGUGACCAUCAGUGCUGCUAAUGUAGCCUGAGCAUUUUCCUAGUCUUUCCACUUAGCAGAAAACUCAUAAGGUAAAAGUCUGGUAGUGAGUGAGUAAAGCUACCUGCAGGCAAAGCCCCACCCUGUGCCCUUGUCCAUGGGGCAGGCUGUUCCUAUUGAUGCCACGGUGACCUGCUCCUCACCUCUCCUGAGCACCAUUUCCCUAGGGGUUGUCUUUAGUUACUGGUAUUCCAUGUGCAGGGUGCCUCCCUUUUCCCCCAUGUCAUCAGAGAGGCUGCCGGCUUCCCUUGCUGCAGCACUGCCCCACCUCCCUUCCACAGAUGGCCUUCGCUGUCUUUGCGUGUGGUGUCGAGACACUUGUGGCAUGUUGUUUUGUCUUUUUUGCCCCCAAAAUUUUGAAUUACUGGUUCUCCAGCCACAGGAAGCGGGGCCUCUUAGACCAGCUUCAUCAAGCAUAGCAUUCUCAUUGAGUUGAGCUUACGGCAGAGUUGAGAGGAGAUCCCAGCCUUUUUUGACUUGCAGUAAGGCCUCGCAGUUAAGAACAUACUCUGCGGCUGGAGUCCCUGAUUGGAAUCUUGGUUCAGCCUCUGCUGUGACCUUGGACUUACUUAAUCCUCUGUGUCUAUUUGUUCAUCUGUAAAAUGGGGGUGAUAAUAAUACUUCUCUUAUAGGCAUAGUUGUUGUGAGGAUUAAAAGAGUUAAAUCUAGAGCACUUAGAAUAGUGUCUGGCGAGUAGUAAGUACACCGUGUAACCAUCAUUGUCAUCACUGUUCCAGCUGAGCAACUUAGAGAGAAUUUCUCCGAGCACUGCACAAUUCCAGGUCAGUAUAAGGGGUACAGCUUGCAAUUUCUCUGAAAUGAGUUGAAAGAAUAUUGUUCUCCCUGGCCUCUUUCAGCCAUUGGGGUCCCAUAGGUGCUUUUUCUAGUGUUUCUGGAUUUUUCUUUGUUUACCAAUCACCUAUCCGAAAGGAAAUAGAAGGCUGUUGGAGAGACGCAUGCACAGCUAGUUCAUUUAUUUACAAGACAUCAAUGUUAGAAGGUUUUAUUGAUUAAAGGAAAAACACCACCACCUGCAGCCUGCUGGUGUAGGCAGUCCCCGGUUACUAAUGUCAGACUUAAGUACAACCUGUAGUUAUGAACCAACCCCACAAAGGCUAUUGUAUUAAAAUUUUGAGGUACAUAUAGUGGUUCACGUUAACAGAUGGGUGCUACACUGCAGUACACAUCAAACAUUACUAUUACCCUAUUACUGUGUUAAAGAUGUUUUCUUGUAUCUGGAGGUGUUUCUUUAAUGUUUUUUAUGCGUAGAAAGAUACACUAUAUACCAUAUACUAAGACAAACAUUUGACAAACUGAUGCUAGGUACAAACUGUGCCUGACUGUUCCUAACUCUUCUGACCUGGUACAAAUUCGACUUAAACACAGACUUAGGAAUGAAAGCUCAUAACUCAGGGACUCCCUGUAUUCCCAUGUUGUGAACGUCGUUGAUGGGGUUGUACAGUCUGGGUGGUGGCUGGAAGGCCAGAGACCCACAGGCACCAGAGCAGGGGCUUUUCUGAGUGCUGGUGUCCAGACGUUGCGGAACCUGAGGGUUACUCUCUGUGAGGCAUCACCCAGUGUAGGGAGUUCUCCCAAAGAUCUUUCCCCCACCAGUGACAGUAUUUACCCUUUGGCAACAAGAGAAAGCUCCCUCUUUGUCUGGUAAAGACCACAUGGGAAUGAAGCAGCAAAUGAUUUGGGGUUCUUUUCUCACUUGCAGAGGAGCCAUCAAGGGCUGGUUGUUAUUCCUCUGUUGGCUUCUCUGAGGUGAGAAGAAAGCUCCCCUUUGAGAGGCCUGGAAGGGACACGGCCACUUCUCAGCUGCUCCUGUGCGUUUGUGGACUUUGGGCCUUGGGCUGAGGUUUUGGUCUCGUCUCAGUGAGUCCCUUCUUUAUCUUCAUCUCUUGCCCCUUUUAGAGUCUGAAUGCCUUGUCAAUACAGCAAGUAAGUUGCCUGGUUUUUUCACAUCGAAACUGUGACCAGGGAGAAAGGUAACAGAGCUUCAGCGCUCAUCAGGGAAUGUUUCUUUCACUGUGUUUUCCUCUUCCUUUUGACCCUUUUACUAACUUGUCUCACUUCCUUUUUUUUUUUUUGUUUCUUUGAACUCCAUUAUCACCGACUGUGUUUCUGUCCAUCUCAGGUUUUCAUCUGCUUGUCCCACUUGCCCUCACCUGUCUCUAUGCCUCCUUUGUGGUGUGGCUCAGGAGAGGAGUUCUGAUAGUCUGAGAUGUUCUUCGUGCAUAGAAUCCCAGAACCACCCAGUCCUUUCUUUCUCCCCUUCCCCUAAUUUCUGUAAAGUUAAGGAUUUGUUGCUUUAGAAAACAUUUUCUUUUUAUGUCCCUGGAGCCACCUUCCUCAGUAAAGCCAGAUUUGGCAGCCCGACAGCUUAUUAGGGACAGCAUCCAGCUUCUCUGGUGACAGGGUCUUAGCUGUUUCCUCUGAACUGUGAGGAAUGCCAUACGUUCAGACCCUGUCUUGGGAGAGAUCUGGGAAGGCACUUUUUAAUUUUGGAUAGUGAAUUUGGUUUUCAAAGUGUGUCCCUAAGGUCCUUUCACCUGGGGCAUAAGGUCAGAAUUAUUUUCAUCCAAACACUACCACAUUAUUUGCCCUUUUCACUCUUACUGUUUCAGAAAAGUGAGUUUUCCGGAGGCUGAAUGAUGUGUGAUGACAUCAUUGCUCUUUUGGUUUAUGAAAUGUGUGCUUGUGAACUGUGUUUUCUAGCACUUUUAAGGUCGUACUUUAAGGUACAAGUAUGGAAGUUUUCAGUGAUGAACUCAGUUUGUUCUCCGUACUUCUGCCGUGCCCUCACUAGCGGUCUCCAGUUAUACCUACUUUUAUCUCUGUAACCUCAUUAUUGUCCAAUAAAUUGUUAUUUUGAAGUCCCAGCACUUUCCUGGCGCCAGUGAGGAAACACGACAAGAAGGUGCGUAGUUGGCUUUAAAAAGGGAAAUUAGAAGACUUCUCAGCCCACAGCUUCAGCCUCUAUGUGUAAAGAUACUGAAAGUGUCAUAUCCACAAGCGAAAGGGAGGAAACUACUCCAAAGAAACUGGGGAAAACAUAAAUAAGAAAUGAAAAGAAAAGAUAAUGAAGUCUGUCUUCCCUCCACUUUAUGAAUAUUGACAGUGCACUUUACUGUGUCUUAUGGAGCAGAACAUUUUCAUGAAGUAUUAGGAAUGCCAGGUAAGCUGCAGCAUCGUUUUGAGACCAAUGAUUCAGAAUUCAAAGAAGACGGCAUUGAAUAUUUUAAGUGUACAUGCUGUGAGUUUUUUAAAAACCAAAAAUUGUUCCAGCUUUUCAAACUGGAAAUGGAAAAGCCCCUGACUUAGACAGGGUAAGUUGUUACAUUGCUUUGCCUGAAGAAACCCACACAAUAGCUGAGAGACUAGUCAAGUCUUGAACGACUGAUAUUGCUGAAUACCCCCUGGAUGAAAAGUCAGUAAAAAAAAAUCAGGGCAGUGCCACUUCCAACGUUACUGUGACUUGUGGAACUAAAUAUCUCGCCGCAAACGUGAAGACAGAGUUCAUGUCUUGUUUAGAGAAUGUUACCUUCGCCUUACAAACAAGCACAUCUAUGGACGUGGCUGGACUUGCUGUAUCAGCACCAACAAUUCUUUGAGGAAUAUUUUCUCUUAUGUGGAUGUUCGGCAACAAACAAGUGGUGAUAAAUAUUCAAAGGUCGAAUAACUUUUUAGAAUCUUCUGGUUUACCCUGGAACAACUUUGUUUACGUUUGUGCUAUUGGUGCAAAAGCUGUGGCAGAGAAAACUGUUGGCGUCACAGCAUGAAUCCAGGAAGUGGCACCCAUCAAGUGCUGUAGUCAUAGUAUCCUUCCUUGCCACAUGCUUGUGGUUUAGAAAAAGCCGGUUUCACUUAAGAAUGUCCUGGAUGACACACUAAAAAUGAUUGAUUUUAUUAAAACUCGACUCUCUCAUAAACAUCUCUUGAAUAUCCUGAGUGAUGAAACGGAAGGUACCCAUGAAGUAUGACUGCUGCUAACUGUAAUAUGAUUGUCUUGAGGGGAAGCACUUGCGUGACUGAGUUAAACCAGCCGCGUGAAACAUCGUUUUUAUUUGAGAGAGUGACUGAUGGACAAAGUGUGGUUUUCUUGAAUAUUUUCUUGAAAGUGAACAAAGUGAGCCUGACACCUUUGACAGUUAAUAAAGUUCAAGUGUUUGAGCAAAAAUCAGAAAUUUGAAAAACUUGUAGCUGUCACGGUGAAUUUGAUACCUUCUGAACACUUAAAAGACAUUUCUGAUGAGAUUGGAGGUAAAAUUAAUUUUUUUUUUUUUUUAAUAUACAACAUCAUAUUUGAAAAUUCUGGAUAAUUCAGUGAAGGAAUCUUUUCCAAAUUGCCAAACGGGCAGAAGAGCCAUUCAAAGUGCAAGAUGACCACUGGGUUUUAAUAUAAAAGUAUGCAAAAGGUUCAUCGAUAAGAAUCCAGCUUCCACGUUGCAGCUCAUCUUUAAAAACUACCACUUGUUGAGUUUUAGUCUGGUAUCAAAGAAGGAAAUCCUCAGCAUCUGAAAGAUUAUUAAGCUUUAUUUUCCAACCGUAGGUCUGUAUGAAAUGCAAUUUUCUUCAUCUGCUUCAACCAAAAAGGCGUAACAAAACAUGCAGUGUAGAAGCAGUUAUGAUAAGUCUGCUGUCUUCAGUUUAAGGAAGAUAUUAAAGAGGUGUGCAAGAAUGUAAAACAGUGCAACCGUACUCGUGAAAUUUUUUUUUGUUUUGGAAAAUCUAGGUUUUUUUAAUACAUAAAGUAAGUUGUAUAUACAUGUAAUGAAUUGUUAUUUUCCAUGAGUUAAUAAAUGUUUUUAAAAUUAUAAGAUUUAAUUUCUAAUAAGGUAACUGUUAAUAACUAUAACCCACAUAAAAGAUCUUUGAGGUCCUCAGUAAUUUUUAAGAGUGUAAAGGAUUCUUGAGACUAGAAAGUGAGAAGACCACUGUUGCAGACAAAACUUGGGUUGAUUAUCCCUGGUCUUGAUUGGUUGGUUACUUACUAUGACUUCAUAAGGAGCCUUUGUUUUGCAAUUUUCCGCCCCUUUGUAAUCCCCUUCUGGGUUUUAGGAAGAUACUUGAUGCUUUGGUUUGCAGUCCUGGCUCAGGAAGCUGGUUUUCAAUAACCUGAGGGACUUCAGCCAAAGUUAAUUUUCUUCUAAUACCUAUCGCGUUGGCUUUGUUGGUUUUCUGUUUGUAUCUGUGGUUGGUUUAUGUUAUUUUUUCCUUUAUUUGUUUGCUUGUUUUACUUUUUAUUUUUCUCAUUUUUCCUGUAUUUUUUAUUCUUUCUCUCUCUUUUUAAAUUUAGUUUGUUAUUACUUGUUUUUGCUUUUAAUGUUUGUCUAGCAUUGUGUUUUGAUCGUAAAAGACCAGUUUUGUUAGGUGGACUUCCUUUGGUAUAAAGUUGUGGUUUGAUAUAGUUUUUUUUUUUUUCCCCCAUUAAAAGUAAGUUACUUAUUACAUGUAAUGAGUUUAAAUGAAUUAAUACCCAAAACAAUUGCUGACAAGUCGAUUCCAACAUAGGACAGAGCAGAACUGCCCCAUAGGGUUUCCAAGGAGCAGCUGGUGGAUUUGAACUGCUGACCUUUUGGUUAGCAGCCAAUCUCUUAACCACUGUACCACCAGGGCUGCAAUGAAUUAAUACAUAUUUAAAUCCUUUCUUAAUUUAUAAGGUAGUAAAUAUUGACAAAUAUAAUCGGUAUGAAUAAAGCUUUUUGGGGACUCUAUUUUUAAGAAUACAAAGGGUUUCUGAAACUGAAAAGUCUAAGAACCACUGUUGGAGACAAAACGUGGGUUGAUUGUCCCUGGGUUAGUAGGUUGGUUUCUUGAUAACUUCAUAAGAAACCUUUGUCUUGCAGUUCCCAGCUCCUGUUUAGUUCUAGCUGGGCCUCAGGGAGAUGCUUGCUACCUUGGUUUGCAGUUCUAGCUGAGAAAGCUGGUCCUUCGUGAUCCAAGGAACUUGACCGUACUUUUGUUUCCUCCUCCUAAUAAAUAGCAUUGUGAACUUUAAAAAAAAAGUUUUUAUUUAUUUAAUUUUUUAUUUUGAGAUAGUUUUAAAUUUACACAGAAGAGCUGCAAAAAUAGCCCAGAGAGUUCCUGUACAUUCUUUAUCCAUCAUCCCCUUAUAUCAACAUCUUACACAACUAUAGAACAUGUGUAAAAACUAAGAAUUAAUCAUGGUAUAAUACUAUUAACCAAAGUACAGAAAUUGAGAUUUCAUCAGUGUUUCCACUAAUGUGUUUUUUGGCUCUAGGAUCCAAUCCAGGAUCCCACAUUGCAUGUAGUUGUCAUGUCUCCAUUGUCUCCUCCAAUCUGUGGCUGUUUCUCAGUCUUUCAUGACCUUGGCAAUUUUGAAGAGUACUGGCAGUUAUUUUAUAGAAUGUUCCUCAAUUGUGGUCUGAAAUUUUCUCAUGGCCUUGUGCUUUAUCAUUUUAAAGGUUAGCCUACUUGGACUUCACUGUGAUACAUACUAAGCUGAUAUUUUGGAAAAUACAGCUAUUUUUCAUAAAAAUUAUGUUUACUUGUGAUGGAUUUAGUAGUAGUAUUUUAAAUGAAUUAAUAGAUAAAUGUUUUCUUGAUUUUAAAUUCUAACGCGUAGACAUCAAUAGCUAUAACCCCCAUCAACAAAAGCUCUUUGAGGCACUUAAUAAUUAAGAGUGGUAAAGGAUUUCCAGACGGAAGAUGAGAAUCCCUUUUUGACAAAUACAGGGGUUGACCCUCCCUGUCCUUGAUUGGUUGGUUAUUUUCUGUGACCUCAUAAUGAGCCUUUGUCUUGAAUUCCCAGCCCUUAUUUAGUCCUUGGAACCCUGGUAGCGCAGUGGUUAAGAGCUUGGCAGCUUGACUCCUAACCAGAAGGUUGGCAGUUUGAAUCCACCAGCUGCUCCUUGGAAAACCAAUGAGGUGGUUCUGCUCUGUCCUAUAGCGGUGCGGUGAGUCAGAAUCGACUCAACAGCGACAGGUUUUUUUUUUUUUUUUUAGUUAUUUAAUCCUGGCUGAACCUCAGGAAGACACUCAUUGCCUUGGUUUGCAGUCUUUCUGGCUGAGGAAGCUGGCUCUCAGUGACCUGAGGGACUUUGACCAAACUUGGCUUGUUUCCUCCUAAUACAUAGCAUUGGCCUUUUAUUAUUAUUCUUAUUCCAUUAAAAAGAUCAUUUUGUUUAUUUGUGUUUCAUUAAGACAGUAGGUUUUUUUAAAACCUUAUAUCUCGGCUGUUGGUCAAUUCCGAAUUAGAAAACUGCGAAGCUUGCUUAGCCUCUCUCCUGGAAGAACCUUGGUGCCUACAGUAGCUGAAGGGUCUGGUCACUAAGGCCAAAGCAUGCAGUAGUCUGUUCCUUGGGAGCCUCUAAGCCUACGUGUUUUAUUCCUGUUUCUUUUUUAUAUCCUUGCUUCUUAAUAAAACAUGCCUACCAAAUUCCACAUUUAUAUCCAGUAAAAACCAGUUGCCGUGGAGCCAACUGCAACUUACGUGAUCCCAUGUAUGUCAGAGUAGAACUGUGCUCCAUAGGCUUUUCAGUGACUGCUUUCUCAGAACCAGGCCUUUCUUCCAAGGCACCUCUGGGUGAACUCAAACCUCCAACCUUUCAGUUUUCUUCUAAGCGUUAGGGAGACUUGGUAUGCGUUUGAAACAGGGUGAGCUUUGUCUCUGCUUGAUGAGUCUUUAAGAGGCAGGUAAAAUUGUGGUAGAUACGUAGUUUUUAAACUACCCUAUAAUUCCCUACCUUGUUCUUUUUGCCUGUAUUUAUCCUCCAAUUUCUGAAGCACCUCUAACUUCUAAAAGCUUCCCUUAGUACCACAAAUAGUAGACCUUGGCCACCUCUUAAUAGUCGCUUGGACCAGCUUUAAGCAGUCUUUUUUGAACUCAUGUCAUUUGCUCAGGGUCACUUCUUAUCAGAAUCAUUGAAAAACAAAACCUGUUUAAUCAAGGGCUUAACAUAAUUCGAUUUGGUUUACAUAUAGACUUAGUCAUCUAGAAAUUUAUUCCUUCACAGUAAAGUAGGCUAAAAGUAGAAAAUCAGGGCGUCAGCUCCAGGGGGAAGACUUUCUCUCCCUUUCAGCUCUGGAGGAAGGUCUUUGUCCUCAAUCUUCCCCUGGUCAAGGAGCUUCUCAGGCACAGGGACCCCGGGUCCAAAGAACUCGCACUGCUCCUGGCAUUGCUUUCUUGGUGGUAUGAGGUCCCCCUGUCUCCCUGGUCGCUUCUUUUAUAUCUCAAGAGAUUGCCUCAAGACACAGUCCAAUCUUGUAGGUAGAGUCCUGCCUCACUAACACAACUGCCGUCCAUCCUCCCUCAUUAACAUCAUAGAGGCAGGAUUUACAACAUAUAGGAGAAUCCCACAAUACACACAUUUUGGGGGGGACAUAAUUCAAUCCAUGACACUCAGGAUCACUUCUUAUCAGAGUCAUUAAAAAACAAAAAGCCUGUUUAAUCAAGCGCUUAGCAUAAUUCAAUUUGGUGUACAUAAAGAUUUGUAGUUUCAUUUCUUACCACUCAGCAAGGCCCAUAAUCCUCUACUUUUUUUUUAAUAAAACUUUUUUUUCCUUCAAAUAAGCAUGUGGCUUUGAAUUCAAUUCUGUAAUUAAACUUGAUGUGCUAUUUUCUCUCUUUUUGGUCACUGGUCUGUAUAGAAAAUAAAGAUUUUUGCUUUCAAAGAUUUGUUCUGUUAAGUAAAGCAACAGCUCAGUAAUGGUUGGCCUUGUAAGUACAUUACUCUUUUCCAAGUUGUUGGAAAGCUCGAUCUUUACAGAGAAUAGCCUGAGUACUUGAAGGAUAGACAGUGCCCCAUCCAUUCUCACUAAGCUUGCCAAGGUUUACCUCUGAGGCGAUGUCUCUUUAGCCAUAGAAAUAACAAUAGCCAACAUCUGAGCACCUACUAUGUCCCAAGCACUUGUUUUAGGUGCUUUGCAUUCAUUAGCUCGUUCAUCUUCACAACAGUAAUAGUAAGUCAUAUUAUCUUCUCCACUUUACAGAAGAGGAAACAGAGGCCCAGAAAUGCUGCAUAACUUGUUUCAGGUGGUUUCCAGAGUGUGUGGCAGUGUCAGAACAGCCUUUGGCUGUGGAUGGCCCCGUGCCCUUGGCUGUAGUUGUAUGUGGCAGUAGGAGAUAGGUAAUUCUCUUAGAAUCACCUCCCAGUCAGCACGAGACAGAAAACGUCUCCCAGAUUGGAUUCAGAGUCGUGCGUGAUCCCCCUCUGCCCCCAAGUGUUUGCUCUGUCCUCUCUAGCCUAUUGUAAAAGUGGCAGUAGUGGUGGGCAGGCAGGCAGGUGCACUCUGGUCCUACCUCCCUGCUGAUGAGCGCUCCAGCCAAGAGCUAUGGGAAACUUUGAAAAAGUUUUUAAUUUAAUCCUGGCUUCUGAGUCUCUUUGUCACUUCCCACCUUCUUGAAUUUCAAGAGCCCCUUUUAGAAAAAACAAAACCCUGGGACCUCAGAUUGAUGUCCAGUUAGUAAAUACCUCAUAGCACAGGACAGUUUACAUUCCUAGAUUCGACUGUCCUGCUCUUUGGCAUCCAUGAAAUACUGGGAUUCAGGGACUUUUUUGUAAACCCAACCUCCUGCCCCCAAACAAAAAGAAAACAGCGCUUGUGUGUGGCCCUUAACUGUGUACAUUUUAUCCCUACGAAACAAGCUGACAUUCUCUCUUUACAACCCUCUAUGUGCCACUUACCCACGCAGAGGCACAGACUACUUCCUUUUAGCCUUGACUGCCAAGAGCACCAAGCACUGUAGCUGGUAGUGCCAGGCUUCUGCGUGUGUCUGGGACUUGCCAGUUCAGCCGUGCGAGCUGAACUCUGGCUGUCCUGCUACGUCUCCGUCCCAUUGCUUGUGUAAUGUGCCGCUAUUUCCUGCUUGCUCUUGUUUGAUCUUUCUUUCGAUUUACUUCUCUUUCCUGAAGCCGGUCCCCACAGCUAUGCAGGGGGUCCGGGACACCUGCAAUUGUUUCUCGUUGAGAUUGGCUGCCGUGUGCCCCUCUGUGGAAUUGAAAUUAACUGGAAAAACCAAGGUCCAGCUACGGAGCACCUGUGAAGGAUUCUACCCCUUGUCUAAUGCACAUGGCUGUCCCUGAAGAGCCCACCUUGGGACACCUUGACUCCAAGCCCAGCAGUAAGUCCAACAUGCUGCGGGGCCGCAACUCGGCCACCUCUGCUGACGAGCAGCCCCAUAUUGGAAACUACCGGCUCCUCAAAACCAUUGGCAAGGGUAACUUCGCCAAGGUGAAGUUGGCACGGCACAUCCUGACUGGGAAAGAGGUAGCUGUGAAGAUCAUUGAUAAGACUCAGCUGAACUCCUCCAGCCUCCAGAAACUAUUCCGCGAAGUGAGAAUAAUGAAGGUUUUGAAUCAUCCCAACAUAGUUAAAUUGUUUGAAGUGAUUGAGACUGAGAAAACACUCUACCUUGUCAUGGAGUAUGCUAGCGGAGGAGAGGUGUUUGAUUACCUAGUGGCCCAUGGCAGGAUGAAGGAAAAAGAGGCUCGGGCCAAAUUCCGCCAGAUAGUGUCUGCUGUGCAGUAUUGUCACCAGAAGUUUAUUGUUCAUAGAGACUUAAAGGCAGAAAACCUGCUCUUGGAUGCUGAUAUGAACAUUAAGAUUGCAGACUUCGGCUUCAGCAACGAAUUCACCUUUGGGAACAAGCUGGAUACUUUCUGUGGCAGUCCCCCUUAUGCCGCCCCAGAACUGUUCCAGGGCAAGAAGUACGAUGGACCCGAGGUGGAUGUGUGGAGCCUUGGAGUCAUCUUAUAUACACUGGUCAGCGGCUCCCUGCCUUUUGAUGGACAGAACCUCAAGGAGCUGCGAGAGCGAGUACUAAGGGGAAAAUACCGUAUUCCGUUCUACAUGUCCACGGACUGUGAAAAUCUGCUCAAGAAGUUUCUCAUCCUCAAUCCCAGCAAGAGAGGCACUUUAGAGCAAAUCAUGAAAGAUCGAUGGAUGAACGUGGGUCAUGAAGAUGAUGAACUAAAGCCUUACGUGGAGCCGCUUCCUGACUAUAAGGACCCCCGGCGGACAGAGUUGAUGGUGUCCAUGGGUUACACCCGGGAAGAGAUCCAGGACUCGCUGGUGGGCCAGAGGUACAACGAGGUGAUGGCCACCUAUCUGCUCCUGGGCUACAAGAGCUCUGAGCUGGAGGGCGACACCAUCACCUUAAAGCCACGGCCUUCAGCUGAUCUGACCAAUAGCAAUGCCCCAUCCCCAUCCAACAAGGUACAGCGCAGCGUCUCGGCCAACCCCAAGCAGCGGCGCUUCAGUGAUCAGGCUGGUCCUGCCAUAGCCACCUCCAAUUCCUACUCUAAGAAGACUCAGAGUAACAACGCAGAAAAUAAGCGACCUGAGGAGGACCGGGAGUCAGGGCGGAAGGCCAGCAGCACAGCCAAAGUGCCUGCCAGCCCUCUACCUGGGCUGGAGAGGAAGAAGACCACCCCUACCCCCUCCACGAACAGCGUCCUCUCCACCAGCACAAAUCGAAGCAGGAAUUCCCCACUUUUGGAGAGGACCAGCCUUGGCCAGGCCUCCAUCCAGAAUGGCAAAGACAGCCUAACCAUGCCAGGGUCCCGGGCCUCCACGGCUUCCGCUUCUGCCGCAGUCUCUGCGGCCCGACCCCGCCAGCACCAGAAAUCCAUGUCGGCCUCCGUGCACCCCAACAAGGGCUCUGGGCUGCCCCCCACGGAGAGUAACUGUGAGGUGCCACGGCCCAGCACAGCCCCCCAGCGUGCCCCUGUCACCUCCCCCUCCGCCCACAACAUCAGCAGCAGUGGUGGAGCCCCAGACCGAACCAAUUUCCCCCGGGGUGUGUCCAGUCGAAGCACCUUCCACGCUGGGCAGCUCCGACAGGUGCGGGACCAGCAGAAUUUGCCCUACGGUGUCACCCCAGCCUCUCCCUCCGGCAACAGCCAGGGCCGGCGGGGUGCCUCUGGGAGCAUCUUCAGCAAAUUCACCUCCAAGUUUGUACGCAGAAAUCUGUCUUUCAGAUUUGCCAGAAGGAACCUGAAUGAACCUGAAAGCAAAGACCGAGUGGAGACGCUCAGACCUCACGUGGUGGGCGGUGGAGGAGGCAACGAUAAAGAAAAGGAAGACUUCCGAGAGGCCAAGCCUCGCUCGCUGCGCUUCACGUGGAGCAUGAAGACCACGAGCUCCAUGGAGCCCAACGAGAUGAUGCGGGAGAUCCGCAAGGUGCUGGACGCGAACAGCUGCCAGAGCGAGCUGCACGAGAAGUACAUGUUGCUGUGCAUGCACGGCACGCCCGGCCAUGAGGACUUCGUGCAGUGGGAGAUGGAGGUCUGCAAACUGCCUCGGCUCUCCCUUAAUGGCGUGCGCUUUAAGCGGAUAUCGGGCACCUCCAUGGCCUUCAAAAACAUUGCCUCCAAAAUAGCAAACGAGCUUAAGCUUUAACAGGCUGCCAGGAGUGGGGGGAGCCCAAGGCGGCCAGCUGGACUUAGCUGCUGGGGCCGCCACUCCACCCCACGGGUGAGACUGAGACUGCAGACUGGACUCGGUGUGUCUCCCCCUGCUGGCACUUCUCCCUCCCCGCCCGUUUUGGUUCUUAUUCCAUGUCUGUGGGGACUGGGAGAUGGUUCUUCCCCCCGCCCCCUCUACACACACACACACACACACACACACACACAGUCACCCCUGCCCAUAAGUCCCCCUUCCCCCCUUUCCCACAGAAGGCAAAGGAAGGGGAGGGAGGGCGGGGGCAGGGCUCCCCCUCGGUACUGCGGUUGCACAGAGUAUUUCGCCUAAACCAAGAAAUUUUUUAUUACCAAAAAGAAAAAAGAAAAAAAAAAAAAUCCCAGCAGCCACCAUUCCUCCCUGCCCCAUUGGGACAGUCGAGACUGGAUCUCUGGGGUUUCCUGGGAGGGUGGCUCAGGGCUGGAACACUCUCAGGCAAGAGUGGUGGAGUCCCCUAUCAGUCCCUCCGCCAGGCCCACUUUGGGCUUCUCCGCGCUCCUCCCCUCUUUCCCUCCAAGCAAACCACCAGAGGUGGCCUUCCCCUGACCUCAGGCCCGGGGGCUUGAGGCCUGGGCAGCUGUGGACUGGGGUGGGGGUGGGGCCGGUGGCUGCUCUGGGGCUGCGAGGUGAGGCUGAGGGGCACUGGCCUUCCUCCACACUGUAUCCUCUGCUCACCCUCCUUCCCCAGAGCUGGGCAUUUCCUUCCACAAGCUGCUGUGGGGGCAUUUCGUUCCCCUCCUCAAAGUCUGUGCCAUCUUCCCCACCCCCUCCCAGGUAGAAGGAGGGGCUGACCCCAGGGCUGGGACAGGGAGGGGAUGCAGGGCAGACGGGCUCCUCAGAGUCCCCGGGCACUCACAGGGACUCUGGGUCUUCUCCGUUCUGGGAGAGCCUUUGUCUGGAAGCACACCCCCCUCCCCCGGCUGUUCCUCCCUACCACUUCCCCUUCAUUGGCAUUAAUCUGGGCACCAGCUAGUUCCAUAGCAGUGACUUCCCUCACGCUGUCUCAUCUCAGCCUCGCCUUUUCUUCCUGACACUGUCGCCCCUCCUCUCAGGAGACACUGCCCAGGGCUUCCCUGGCCGCCUGGUCGGGGGCUGGAUGGCAGCAGGGCCGGGAGCGUCAGCCCUCCACGUGGUGGGGACAGCCAGGUGAAGUGGCUCCCAGCCCGCUCACCUCCGCGGCCAGUGUGGGAGUGGGGGGCUAUGGGCGCUUGGCUGGUGGCGGCCGCUGCAUCCCUUAAUUUAUUUCUCUGCUGUUUCUGUUCUUGAGAAACUGGGGGAGGGAGUCCUGCACAGAGGCUGCCCCUACCCUCACCUGAGUUGUACAUUUUUUUUGUGAUGGGUUUUAUUUUUUAUUUUAUUAUUUUAUUUUUUUGAUUUAUGAUGACUCCACCCCUGUUCAUCACCCCCACUCCCAGGCCAGGCUCAGUGACAAGUCGAGCUCUUGGGUCCCAGGAAGGGACCUUGCCAACCUCAGCCCUCCUGUCCCACGCCCCCAAUUGCUCCGGCUCAGACCAAGGGCUCCCCCUCCCUUCCUCCCUCCCUCUUCCCACCCUUUGGAACAGCCCGGGUGCUCUGAGGGGGCCAGGAGGGCAUGGCUUGGCCCCCAAAGGGGUGGGGGCCAGGGGCACCCAGGCAAGGUGGUCCCUCCCUGCCCAGCCCCCCUCCUGCACUUAGUUUCUCCUCUGGAUCAAACACGUAAUAAAGAGAAUGUUUGGAAUCUGA